CGGUAUUGCUGUGAAAGUGAGCUUUGGCGUGCGUCUGUGUUUGAAUCUUGAAAUUUCUCUAAUAAUUUUGUGGACGUUGUAAUUUAGAACAGAAACACCGUUAGGUCGGCCAUUUUGAAUGAAUGAAUAAAUAUUCAUUCUUCCAUUCGACGUCGAGUACGCUGUGUGGUACAAUUUUUGGAUUUACAAUUGAAUUACUUUAAGAAUAUUGUAAAAAAUUGCUACAAUGUCACAAACGAAAUAUACCAGGAUGCUAGAAUGCGUUUUGUGCGGCAAAGUGGCCGAUUUAAAGUGCCAACGUUGCAGUGAAAAAUAUUGCAGUGUAGUCUGCCAGCGCCGGGACUGGCAGCGUCACAAAUACGUGUGCAUGCCCAUGCCGCCGCUGGUGAAGGCUCAUCAUGGCUCUUGCGAAUCCAUCGCAAAAUUGAGCCAGUUCCCAGUGCAGAGUGACGCCGGCGUCGCCGCUGCUACUGUGCCCACCAACUCAGAAAUGCCUGCGGCUGCUUCUGCAAGCAAGCCACCGGUUACCGAAGAGCUGUCAACGUUGUGGCGCGAUAAGAUGGUUCCAGAUAAAACCGAUUUCUUCGAGUGCUGUGUCACAUCUAUGGACACCUAUGAUGGUUCCAUUUGGGUCGUUGAUGUGGCUCAAAGUGUGCGCCUGGAGCGGCUUACCGAAAACAUGGCGCGUUGUAUUAAUCGUAACAAACAUUACAGCUUUGAUGAGCUCACUGUGGAUCAACUUGUUGGCGUUUGCAAGGACAAUAAAAUUCAUCGUGGUCGAGUGUUGUCGCUGUGCACAGAAACGCAGCGGGUAGAGUUGCUCUUAAUUGACUCUGGCUUCGUAGCUAUGGUGAAUGUUGUGGAUAUUUAUCCACCGGUGCCGCGUAUGGCCGCUUACAAAGCCUUUGCUUUUCGCGUCCAUUUGCCUACCAAUACCGGCGUACAAAUCAAUAAGAAACUAACGCUGCGUCUGUUGGGCGAGAGAUCUCCAGAUGGUGUUUAUCCGGCUCAGCUAAAGCCAACGAUGACCAUUCCAUUAAAUUUGCCUGUCCAGAUGCUGGCAAUUAAUCCUGAAGUAACCGUGGUACAUGUUUUUGAACACACAGCUAAUGAGCCAAAGGUGGCGUUACUUCAAAUUGACGUGAUGAAAAAUUUAAAUGCUGAUUUAAAUGCAAGUCUAAAAGAUAAGCCAGAUGAGCCCAUUCCCGAAGGUCCUUAUGUGGCUGCCCGCACUGCUCAUGGCUAUCGACGAGCCUUUCUGUUGGGCUUCAUAGAGAAGCCUAAGCUCACAUAUCUGGUAUAUGAAAUGGACGAGGGUCGCAUCAACAUGACUACAGAAGUGCGCCGCAUUCCCAGCGAGCUCUGCGGACAUCCAUUGCGUGUGUUUUCCGUCAACGUGAUCGACAAAAAUGGAAUUGAUAAAUUGCAGGAGCCUGGCAUAAAAUUACAGAUUAAAUUCAAAUUUGAUAAUGAGAAAGAUCAGGAGAAGUUACGCAUGUGUAGCGCUAUACUCUUAACCUCGGAUGGAGCUGAGAUUGCAGUGCGCGCUAAUACUUUCCAAGGGCCCAUUAAGGAUCUAGGACUGAAGUACUGGCGCAGCCCAAUAGAGGACGGGGCAAUAGUCUAUAUAACAAAGGUCAUCGGUUAUAAUCAGAUUUGCAUUAAUUUGUGGCUAAUUAAACAAUACGAAGGGAUUUUCAAGCAGCUUGAAAUGAAGUGUAAGCCAUGCGGCGAAGUGGCCGUUGGUAGCAUUGUGCUGGUCACUUGCCCCAAACUCGGUUAUUUCCGUGGCGAGAUCACUGGCGUGAAAAACAAUCGCUCAACUGUGCUUAACAUUGAUACUGGCGUUAAUUUCGACGUCGACAAUAACCAAUUGCGCAUCGCCUGCCCAUUUAUCGCCAACCUGCCGGUGCACCUCACCUAUUGCAAAUUGAAAACAAUAUCAGAUAUGCCAGCAGCUGCAAUUUUGGAAAAUUGCGAGGCUCUGCGCAUUUUAAAUGUCCUUUCUCUUCUCGAGGAGAAUAUGCGCGUCGAAUAUGAUGAAGAUCGAGCUUAUGUGGAUUUGAUUUCACAUACUGUAGAACCGAAUUCCCUGGUAACCCGAAUAUUGCCGCUUCUCUUCAAGCCCUCUACAGAAGAGGCUCCUAAGCAGGCUCUGCCACCGAGUGUAUGCACACCAUCGCCUGAAAAGCAUAAAGAUAGGCUACAGAAACCACUGGAAGUGCCGGAGCCUGAUAGUGUGUCCUCAUUGCCACCUCUGCCACCGUCGCCGCCAAGGUCACCGUAUCCGCUAGCAUCGCCGGAAGUAAGAAACAUGAGUCUCAUGCGUCUCGACGACCUUUCCGAAAACAACAUUGAGCGCUACUUCUUCGAUGAUUUGCCGAAAAAUCUUGUACCAUUGGGUAACCAAUCCAAUGUACUUGUUCUGAACGUAGCAGGACUAUCCGAAACUGGCAAUAUAAUGGCCUGCUCUUUUGCUAACGAAAUGGUGGCGGAAAAUUUCCAGGUCGUGCUCGAUCUUGUUCGCAGCCAUGGCAGUUGUUCCCAUAAGGGAUUACCAGGCUAUGUGCCCGGUGUGGGUGAAAUGUGCAUUGCUGUGUAUAGUGGAGACGGAUCCUGGUACCGCGGCGUCUGUCGAGAGGUUUACAAGAAUACCGCUCGUAUCUACUAUUGCGACUACGGCAACAUCGAGGAAGUACCCUUCGACGGCCUAAAGCCUAUUUCAAGCGAUAUGCUGCAUGCUGUUCAUGCCACAAAAUGUUUUAUUAAGGGUUUUGACAAGGGAAAGAACUUCAAACUAGUUGAGCAGUAUUUGGAGGCCAAUGACAAAAUGGCGUGUUUUGUGGAGGAGGGCUCUGAACCCAAUUCUCGCAUCAUCACCUGGCCAAUGUUACAUAAGAUUUUGUCCGCAGAAGUCCAAUAAAGGACCGCUCUACUUAUUAACUCUGACUUAUGUACGAAAAAUAUGUAUUCGUAUGAGAAAUUUAAUUUAUGAAA